AUGGGGCAGCUCCGAGUUGCCGCGGGCCUGCUCCUCGUCGUCGCCGCAAUGGCCGGCGUCGCGCCGGCCGCGCCGGGCGACGGCACGCUCGCCGCGCGCCAGCACCGGCGGCUGAGUUCGAGAACCUCGCGGAAGUGGCAGCGGGCAGCCCUCGGCGCGUCCCUCGUCGCCGCCGCCGCCGCCGCCGCCGCCGCCGUCGCGCUGAGCUCCGCUGCCUACUUCGGCCGGUCCCUGAGCGACCAGCGGCCACGCAACGUCGUCGCCUUCUUCCUCGCGGUCUUACUCCUGGGCGCGGACUGCGCGUUGGCGCUGCCCGCGCGGCGCAAGCUUGGCGCCGCCGCCUACGGCGUCCUCGUCGCGACGAUCGCGCUCACGCUCGCCGUCAACGCCUACGUCGUCAACGUGGUCGCCUUCGAUGACCGCGCGUCCGUCCUCGACCGCUUCCAGGACCCGCGGAAGACGCGCCGAGCGGGGCGGCACCACGGGUCCGGGGGCGUUUUACGCACGCCAGUGUGCUAUUCGAUGUCGCGGUCGCUCAUGGGCAGCGCGCGCGUGCGCGCCGCCGUCUACCUCUCCGUGGCGUCCCUCGACGGCCUCGUCGUAGCCCUGCCGUGGCUCGAGCCCGAGGCGGAGCUCGACGGGUUCCAGGACUGGGACCUCUGCGCGUACUCGCUCGUCCGCUUCGUCCAGGACGUCGCGGGCUUCGGCGUGUCCGUGGGGCUGCUAGUCGCGUCGUCCGGGCGCGACGCGCGCGCGUUUCUCGUGGGGUGCGCGUCCGCGGCGUCUCUCUGGUGCCUCGCGGGCCGCGCGCGGCGCCUGCGGGACCGGCGGCGCCGGCUCCGCGCCGCGCGCGUGGAGACGCCGGGCGCCGAGGCCGGGCCGGGCGCCGACUUCUUCACGGGCUUCCUCCGCGACCCUCGCUUCGCCGCCGCGGACCACGCCGACGUCGACGCCGCGGCCGUCGCGCGGCUCGAGGCCGCGCUCGAGGCCGCGCUCGAGGCCGCCCGCGACGACGACGACGACGACGACGACGACGGACGCAGGCGCCGCCGCGCGCGGCGGAGCCGCGACCGCUCCCGGCACCGCUCCUUCUCGCCGUCGUCGUCCUCCAGCGACCGCGACCGCCGCCGCCGUCGCCGCCGGAAGAAGCGGUCCGGCCGGUCGCGGCGGCGCCGCUCGUCGUCGAGCAGCAGCGGCGACCACUCCGCCGGCGGCGCCGCGACCGACGACGGCGGCGUCGAGCUCCUCGAGCUCCCGGGUUGCAAGGGCGACCGCGGCGCGAGCUCCGUGUGA